AAAUACGGAAUCUUCAACCGGAAAAUGGGCGUGGUCACGACUCGAGUUAAAAUAUUUUUGUUUUGUUUCUGGAGAUGAAAUGACAUGUUUUCAUUUGACGUGCCGUUGUUUCAUAAACAGUCGUGGACGUUGUUCACUAUAUUCUCCUUUUGCAUGUAUGUGAACGACUUCAAUGUGUGUUCUUUCGAGUUCUGAGGCGAGGGCGGAUGAAUAGGGGUGACGGACAUAAGCGCGUUGGUUGCCUUUACUGGGUGAUUAGUCUUGUAGCUAGCUGGCUAACCAGCGAGAAUGUCAGUGGUUCCUCUUUGGCGUGGUAAUAGUGAUGGUUUUGUGUAUUCAUGUUGGAAGGUAAUUUAUUUGUUGUAAAGGCGUCUACCUAUAAUUGCUUUCAAAUUAGAUGUUGACAGAAGGCGUCCCCUCACAAGCCAAGAAUCUGCAAGGAGAGGCACAGCUCAAAAUCUAUCAUAAGAGUUCCGUCUGACGGGACAUGUAUUCCCAUUAACACACGCCUCCCAUGCCAGUCUACCGGUUAAAUGAAGAGAUAUGGGCAUACUGAGAGUGGUGGUCUGUACCAUGGGAAGGAUCAGCACCUUUAGAUCUUACCAGUUGAUCCUUCUUCUGGCUGCAGCACUGGCUGUGGUAGCUUUCUACUACUUUGGUUCAGAGAGGCAAAACUUCUCGAGCACAACCAAGCGGAUCAAACAAAGCCAGGCUAGCCACAACGCCAACAGGAACGAUGCUGACCUCACUCUGGACACCAGACUCACCCCGCACGAACACGACGGCGGGGAGGACGGCGGGGAGGGAGGGGAAGACACAAGCUCGCUGUCGGACCCGCACUUCCACGUUCUCAUGAUGUUCACCAAGAUAGACAAGAGCCGGAGCCUGCAGGAGAAGUUCAGGGUGGCCAUGCUGUCCAUGGUGAAGCACGGGGACUUCCUCGAGGAAGAGGUGCUGGUGCUCCAUUUUGUGAGUGACCAAGCGAGCCAAGAACUGGGCCAGCGGAUGCUUCAGGAGGUUCUGCUGGACGCAACGUUCCAGUAUGAGGUGGUGUUCCAUGACGUGGUAGAUCUCACCCAUAAGCUGUUCCCUAUUGUGGAGGCCAUGCAGAAGCACUUCAGCGCAGGCUCUGGGGCCUACUACAGUGAUGCCAUCUUCUUCCUUUCUGUGGCCAUGCAUCACAUUAUGCCUCAAAGCCUGUCGCGGAUCGUUCAGGUGGACCUGGACCUGAAGUACAGGACCAACAUCAGGGACCUCUUCAAGCAGUUUGACCACUUUCCCCCCGGGGCGGUCCUGGGCAUCACCAGGGAGAUGCAGCCAGUCUACAGACCACAUCCCUUCUGGCAGUACCGCAAGGAGAACCCCAAGACCAAGGUGGGAGGACCCCCUCCGGACGGCCUGCCGGGCUUCAACAGCGGCGUGAUGCUCCUGGACCUGAAGGCCAUGCGGGCCUCGGCCCUCUACAACCAGCUUCUGGAGCCCGGGAACGUGGCCAAGCUGGCGGACCAGUACCGCUUCAGGGGCCACCUGGGGGACCAGGACUUCUUCUCCAUGAUCGGCAUGGAGCACCCGCAGCUCUUCUACGCCCUGGGCUGCGGCUGGAACCGGCAGCUCUGCACCUGGUGGCGGGAGCACGGCUACGGGGACGUGUUCCAGCUGUACUACCGCUGCGAUGGCCCCGUGUACAUCUUCCACGGGAACUGUAACACUGGCCAUCCCGGAUGACUGAGGUCUGACCCGCCCCCCAUGACAGGGGAGAGCCUGUUUCCCACCGGCGGUGUAGGUGGUCGCGGUGCUUCCACUUUACCUGCCGGUGGGUUUCGGGUCUCAACCCGCUUCGAGAAUGUAAGUAAUGACGAUUGGACUGUUUUUCUUGCAGUUAUGCAAGAAAGGAGGGCGAGGAGAGCAAUGAGAGCCAGGAGGGCGUGGCAGUGUGGGGGGGGGGGGGGGGGGGGGUGUUGAAGUGGAUGGAACAUAGCUACCGCUGCGGUCCUAGAUAAGGACUUCAGAUUCACCCAAACAAAUGCCUUGUGUACUGAACUGCUUCCGGUCGUAUCAAGCGGUUGCCUGGCGUUAGUUACGGUUGCCUCCACGCCGCUGGCUCCAUUUAGACUGUUCUCGUCAAGCUUUGAAUAGCACAGGGAAAUGGACCGGGUUCACGGUUGUAAAGCAAUGACGGGCCGAAGAGAAUGCUUCAGGCGUCAUGGGUCCAAUUAUCCAUGACCAUUUUGGAGUUUAAAAGAGGCGAAACAAACAGACACAUGCACACAAACUCUCGGGACGCGCAGGAAGCCUGUUAGACGUUUGACCGGGUCCACUGACCCAUUUCGGAGCCCACUCCCAGUGCCCACUAAAAAGUCUGGAGGAAUUUGGUGGAACUGCCGGCACUCAAGGGCUGGUCGCCCGUCAGACGGAGAGACGGAUCGAGUCGCAGAGAGUAAACACUGCCCUUUGACCAGCUUCUUGUUCCUCUGGCCUCCGUUCAUCUGGUGGAUGGCAGUGUGAGCGCUUCUCCAUAUGCUGCGUUAAAGACACAAACGGUGGAUAACGAUUCUGAUAGAAUUCUCUUUCUUUCAGUCAUUUUAAUCCAAUGAAAAGUAUAUGACUGAAAUAAUGAGGGAACGAUUAAUAAUAUAAUGUAACUUAAAGCAUCUGGAUCGAUUUGUUUUCUCUAGACAUUGAUGACGAAGGGUUGUGAAAACAUGUGUAAAUAAAUCUAUGGAGAUAUACUAUAUAUAUAUAUAUAUAGUUUAUAUACAAGAUCCGACUUGGGUAACAAGUAACAGCCCCUCAGCAAAAGACAUACUGAGCAAUGCUUCUUUAAGGGUGAUUCUCUACUUCUGUUUUAUUUUAUUCUCUUCAUGUUGUUUCUGUACGUGUAACAGUUCUUUCAUUAUUUAUCUUUUUCUUUUCUUUUUUUACCGGUUUUGUUUUUUGAAAAGUUCUUUCAUUAUUCAUCUUAUUAUUUUCUUUCCUCUUUCUUUUUUUUACCGGUUAUGUUUUUGAAAAUAUGUAAUCCUUGAAGAAGUGAAAAUGUAACGUUGUUUUUGCCUUCAGUUGGUUUUAUUCCACAAACCUGUUGUGCUAUUUUUUAAGGAAAGUGCUUAAGUAUGUAUCUCCUGUCAAUUUCAUUGUUUAGACAAUUGAUAUACAUUACAAUGUUCCUGAUUACUGGAAUUGAUUACUUCAUUCCAAAAACACGUUUUCCAUGAGUAUAGUAUGAUUCCAUACAGUGGUAUGAUUCCAUGCAUAGUGCAGUGCAGGAAACUCUAAAAUCUGCCCACAUCGGAUGGCAAAUGUUCAGUUAUAGACUUGUUGUUCAAUGUGUUUGUUUUGUUGUGCUCGGUGUCUCUGCUUCCUGUAAGGCUAGGCAAGAGGAAGCUAUUCUUCAAUAAAUGAUGACUCAUUUUUAUAUAUAUAUAUAUAUAUAUAUAUAUGCACCUUUUGUCCUAUUCCUGGAUGUUUCAAGAAAACUAAUACAAAUACAUAACCCAACCUUUGUUUGUGAGGGUCACAACAAGGGUGAGGGUGGAGUUAACCCCAAAACCAGCGUUUCGCCUUCUCUUCAAAUGGUAGCGUUAAGGUUCCAAUGAUGGGAUGGAAGAGCGCGAAUGUAGGUCAGGAGAAUCUACAGAUCUUGGUGCAAAAGUUUACCAGUAGCAUGCAUUCGACUGAGGCCACAUCUGGCAUGAAAACAUUGAAUCGACCCACUUUCCCCAGGCCUCUUUUUAACCACUUUUACUCGCUCCCUGUGUAACACUAACCCCCACAGUCAGCAGGGCGAUUGGAUUCACAUUUAGAGCUAUUCAAGGACAAACACUUUGUACUGCCUUGCCAUUGUUGCCAUUCCCAAGGGCAUCUUCUAUUUGUAUAACUCAGACAAUUAAGCAAUAGCUCCAUAGUGGCCGUGGUAUAUGGUUAUUGUACCACAGCUGAGGAUGCUGUCCGGCCCCACGUGCAACAGACUUAAGCCCCGCGAUAAAAGGAUCAAGUGUGGUAACAUGAAAGUCAUUUAGCUAACCUUGGUGCUCUCGAGACAAUCUAGAGUCAAUGUCAAACAGAUAGGCACAAAUUUGAUAAAAAAAAUAGCUAAACAUAUUUGUAAUAAAAAUAAAGCCCUUGUCCAGUGUCCACUAUAGAACCUGAGAAAAUUAGGGAUAUUAUAGCAUGUAUGCUGGUCUUUAUAGGCAAAGGGAGAGUGUGAAGGAAAAUUAAAGACUAAAUAUUAAAUAUGAAGUAUAUGGUUGGUAUGCACGACCAUGUACCAAUCGGUUCCGUACCACAUUACGUUGCAUCUACAUUAUUACCUACUUCGCACAGAUCCUGCCAUCGCGUGCAGAAAGUUCAUUUUGAUCCAUUUCAAUGCACUAAAUGCAUUGCAUACUUAUUUGUAAAGAGGGAACAAUAUGCAGAAGAGCUUUUGUACCAUAUCUGUAUUGUUCUAAUCACUGUCAUGGCCCCUACCCCAUUAGCAGUCUGCUGGGCUUUUAACCCUUCAACUCUGGAGCAUGACAUUUACAUUGCCAAUGGCAUUAGCUCCUACCCAUAUACACAGCAUGGGCAGGAGAAGUGUAUUAUGUUUUAUCAUGUAUUUGCAUGUAAAUAUGAAGAUCGGACUGUACUGUCCAGAUCCUAUAAGCGUAUUAAAAUGGGGCAUACCGCAGAGAGGAGGUUGUAAUCCAGCAAAAGAAGGAUUGCUGCUAGGAUCCUAUGCUUCUCCUGCCUCCAUUGGAAAUGUAUGAAUGUGUGUCAAAGCACACAGUGAUUAGGGUAUAGCGUGCAUUAAGCCAUGGAACGCACUGGAGAGACCCUUUAUUGAUACUGCUUCAAUCUGUGAAGUGCCACGUGUGAUUCAUGGUCUAUGAGAUCAUCCUUUUUGGAUGAUGGCUUUGUUGUUGAAAAUCCCCCUCCCUCCAUUAUUUUCCAGCUAAAUUGCAUCCUCUAUUUAACCUACUUAGGAUAGCAAUUGAUGGGGAAUUGUGUUUUGUGAAUGGUAAUUUUCUUAAAUGUGCUCUAUGGAAAGAAGCCUGGGAAAGUAGUUGGAAAAUAUUCCAACCGUAGCGCACCCGUACAUUUUUUGUUAAAGUGGCAAUCUGCCGGAUGGUACAUCCUGGCCUCUUGAAACUACAAAUCCCAGAGAUUUCAUUGUAAAAGAAGGUAACUGAAAGCCGUAGAAUGGAUUGGAACGUUGCCUAUGGCGCUUAUGAUUGCUGCCAUGUAUUCAUGUCAAGGUGCUGGUCAUGCGGUAAACUUUGUUUAUCCAAGCAUUCCUUCAAGUUCCUGUUUUGGUGCAUGGAUAAAAUUAUAUACUUAGUGUCACCAUAAUAGUUUGCUGCCUGUCCGCCUAGAUUGGGUCAGCGUAGAUGGGGCGUGUAAGAAGAUGGGCCGUGUGUGGAUCUGUGUGCACACACUGACUGAAAGCUUUUCUUCCCUGGGUCUUCAUUACUCCCAACGUAACAACCUGUAUGUCAGCGACUGAUAACUCCCAUUUUCCAUUCAGCAAGUGUGUUUGCUUAUUCCUUUAUACAGUUGUUUGUGUUUAUUUUAUUAUUACUCACUCUUUUUAUUUGAUUGUGUUUAAUGGUAUUUAAAUGUAAAUGUCUUCUUUGCCGAUUCUCACUGUUCAUUUCCAGUUUCAUUAUCCCUAUAGCUGCUCUUUAUUCAUGAAAGGGGUCUGUGGGAUGGGAUUAUAGAGAGGGAAAGUGGGUUAGAGUUGAUGACCGGCUUUUUAAAAUACAACAGUUUAUUCUUGUUUGAAUAAACUAUGUAAAAAAAAUGAAACGUAGACACUGCAACAGCAAACUGAUGUGAAAUGGAGACAGCAAAUUACCCUUGCUCAUUUCAAUUUCUCUUUCAAGUCUGACUUUGCUUUGAAUCUGCUCAGUUGUUAAAGCAUGACAAAACAGAACAUUAUAUAGGCCAGUCACUACCUCUGUAGUGUAUUUACCUAAAAAUAAUUUGUAUCCGAUGAACACCAAACAGUUUUUUGUGUGUCCAUACGUCUUUACAUACAAUGACAGGCUAAUUGAUUGGCCAUAUUGUCUUCGAUAUUGAAAUGGUUAUUGUAUCGGGUCUUCUUUAAAUUGACCAGGCCAAACUCCUACUCUAACCUGUGUCUCCCAUUUCCAUCUUACUCGAAUUCCUUCCCCUCCAGCUUACCUUUUGUCUGACCUUCCGCUUUUAUUCAAUGUUUCUGAACACAAAGGACUCAAAAACGGUCCAAUUGACACAUCUUAUACGCUUCUCUAUGCGUCACAAGAGAGGAACGAUGACUUUGUCACAAAGGCAACCUACCAAGUGUUUUCACUACAUCUCUCUGAAUCGUUUGCAAACAAUAGUCAAUCUUUGAGCAAGAAGAUGGAGGUUUUCCUGGCAACCAUGUGCCAAGCUUUCACGUGUUGCCGCACUCCGGAUAACCUACUUUUUCUGCUGACGGUUGAAAUGGAUUUAGAACGAUUUGUCGUUUGGUUCGGCGACUGUCUGGUGUGCCGCCGCUGCUGGCUGGAAAAGGGAAGGGGAAACUUUAUUACUUCUAGUAAUCGCCAAAAUUGUCGCAUUGUUCAAUAAUUUGUCAGCGAAUGGCAGAUAGUAUUCCAUCGUUUGAUUUUGUAAUUUUUAAGUUUUUUCUGAGACUACCAAGGUUGUCCAAUAGAAACGUCAAGGGCUUAACCUGUUGCUUUAUUCACCCUUGGUUUGCAAUUUAAAUACAUUAAGAUUCAUGUUUAUUCAACACACCUGUAUUGCUCUUCCAGGCUUUUCCGCUCUUGGUGCUGGUCUGGGGUUUAUGUUUCUUACUUGGGGAGAGAGGCAUUUGCCAAUCUGUCUAUAACCCAAUUGAUCUCCCGUUCUCCACACCCAGCAAACUGCCCCGUCUUGGGGUCGCGUCUCAGGAUCAUACCACACUCUCUGCUCCUGCCCCUCCACCUCUCAUGCUCUGAUACAAUAUACAUUUAAAGCUUUGCAAAUUGAACAUUCUGAGUCAAUAUUUGUAUUCUUCUAUGCAAUUCGAAUGAAUCAUCCAUUAAGGGCUUGAACACAAGCUUUAGAAUUAAAGCAUCAUAAUGACCAA